GAAAUCUCAACCAUUGGAACCACACACCACAACACAAUACAUUUUCAAAACCCUACUCCUCCCAAUUCGACCCUCUCUACACGUCAAUGUCGCCGGCGGAACUGCACCUCUGGUCUCCGAUCAACUCCUCUUCCUCCGAUGCAGCGCCGCAUUCUCCUCUCCAUCCCACUGCUUUACCUCAUUUCGAUGCCGACACCUUAAACCCUUCCUUCUCCGCAGGUGGUGCCGCCGCCCGCGGCAGGUCGAGGCCUAGGUUGGUCAAGCUGAGGAAGCAGUCGGCGUCGCAGCACGCGAGGUCCAGGACCAGAACUUCCGCCGGUGACGGAGGCUCCGGCUUCAAUCCUUUUCGUUCCGAUCAGGUAAGUGACAAUAUUAGCGCGUCGAGUGGGCCCGUGGGAGAUUCUAGUGGAGUGGAGAGUGGUGCCGGAGCUUGUGAUGGCGGUUCUUCGAACUGUCAUCGUAAGUUCGGGAACGAGGGUUUUGUGUUUGGCGCUAGAAAGGGUGAUUCCGAUUCUGCUCGGGACUUGAAUUCCCAGCAGGGAACGACUGAGAAAGAAACGGAGUUUAGGAAGAGUGGUUGUGUGGAGUUUGUGUUUAGUUCUAAAGGGAAUGAUGUGGAAUCGGAUUCACUCCCCGAGAGAGGGGAGAAAAGAAGUGAAGAUGCAACAAGGACGGUUUCUGGUGAUGAAAGGAAGAUGACAUUAAGUUCGGAAACGGAGCACGGGGAGUUUAAUAGUACGGGAUUUGUUUUUAGUGCUGAUGGAAACAAUUCGUUUACUAAUCCAAAUACAGAAAAGGGGGAAUCUUGUGUAAGUGUGGGAAAUUCGGGGUUUGAUUUUGGUGGGGAGAGGGAAUGUAAGACUGAAUUUGAUUGUGAAAAGUGGGAUUGUUCUGGUUCUGUUUUUGGUGACAACCAUAGUGUUAAAACGUCGAGUUUUAAUGUGGAAAAGCAGGAGUCUCUGAUAAAUUCGGAUUGUGGAAUGGGUGCUUUUAAUUCCAAGACGGAAACAACUAGUAAUAGUGAUACAGAUGCUGAUCAGUAUGAUCAUUUGCGUGAUGAUCAUAAGUGUAAGAGUGGAUAUGGAAGUACUAAUGGUUUUUCGGCUGCUUGUAAUGACAUUCCUGUAAAUGAAUUGCCAGAUGAGAUGAAGAAACUGAACAUCAACCAUUCUGAAGGUGCUGGUGUCACUAGAGAUUCCAUGAAUUCACAUGUAAAUAGUAGUGCUGGUGCUGUUUUUGGAGGAAGUGCCAAGCAGUUCCAUGAGAAUAUUGGUGGGCAAAACGUCAAAGCACGUGGAACGAAUGAUGUUCAAAAUGGAACUGCUUGUGGUAUUGCUUGUGAUUCUACAGGAAUACCUUGCUCUAAACCAUCCACCGGUCAGGAAGGCAUUAGAGAUUUCCAGUGUGGCAAGAUCCCCGGAUGCAAUGCAUCUGAAGAUUCAAAAUUGAAUGGAGCUACAGCAUCACUUUCGUCAUCAUCAUUUAGUCUUGAUUACCUCCGAAAUUGUUAUGCUUCUACAGGCCAGCCCUCUAGUGCAGAUAAUGUUAAGUGUGAUAAUUGUUUUUCAAGUAUUCCUGGGGCAUCAAAGGAGUCUUUUAUGGACUUUAAACCCCCAACAUGGGAUCCUUCUUGUUUUAAAGACAACUUAUUUCCCAAGUUAAAUAAAAAAAUAGAAUCAACACAGAAGGGAAGAUCUUCUAAAGAAAAAGGAUCAAAAUAUAUGCGGCGAAAAUUGAAACCACAUUGCUUGAAUCAGAAACAGACAACGCUGGAUCAUUUGUCAAAGGGAAACAGUUCACUUGAAAACCCUGAUUCUUCUGGUGGCCACUCACCCAUGGAUUUUUCUCCCUAUCAGGAAACAGUAGCAGAUGAUCAAGAUGUAAAAGCUUCAGAUGAAUUAAAUUAUCUGCAUUCAGAAAUUCCCACUGAUUAUAAAGAUGAACACUUGGCUGCUGUACGUAAAGAAGAUAUUAAUACAACAGAUCAAAGUUGUGCAGAUCCAGAUAAUGACAAGUUAUUGUCACGUAAUGGAAGUUCUUCUGUUGGUGAUUUUCAUUCUUCUGUCCCUGAAAUAGUCUGGCCUAAUUGGAAAUCCAUGCUGUUCAACUCUAGUAGUAUUUCUGGUGCUUUGGCAGAUGCUACGGAAAACUUCACUUCAAACACUGAGAGGCAAGCGACUAAUAUAUUUUGUUUUGUUCAUGGUCUGGGUGACUCAAAGGGGAAAGAUUUUGCAUUUUCUGCAUCAUCAACUGUAGAUGGUACUUCAUCAUCAAUUAAGCUUAAACAUAAGAAGAAAUUUAGGAGGAAAACAGGGUGUGACUCAUUUGUUAUCUCUCCAAAUGUGAAUGGAAAGUUUGUAUCUUCUGGACAAGUUUCUCCGAUUACCACUGCCAACAUGUCAUCAAAUUCUGAUGGGAUCGAUAGGUCUCAGCUAAAUGACCAGUUCAAGGAAGGGGAUGUUGCAUCAUCGACUACAAUUCAAGCAGUCUGUUGCAAGUGGAGACUCAGGGGGAACCAUGCUCAUAAAGAUGGUGAUUUUUUUAAAGCUGAAGAGUUCUACACCCUCGGAAUUAAUUCUGUCCCUUCAAGUGAAAGAUCUGAAUGCUGGAUUAUUAAGCCUCUUUUGCUGUGCUAUAGUAACCGAGCAUCAACACGCAUGAGUCUUGGAAGGGUUAGAGAAGCUCUAGGGGAUUGCAUGAUGGCUGCUGCUCUGGACCCUACCUUUCUGAAAGUACAGAUGAGAACUGCUAAAUGUCACCUUUUGCUAGGGGAAGUAGAAUAUGCUCAGCAGUGCUUUAAUAAGUUAUUGGAAUCAGGUAAUGUUGUUUGUUUGGAUCGGAGGGUUAUAGUAGAAGCAGCUGAAUGUUUACAAAAGGCUCAGGAAGUGGUUAAGUGUAUAAAUAAUGCUGCUGAACUUUUAAAGGAGAGGACUUUUGAUGCAACUUGCGCUGCUUUAGAACUACUUACAAAGGCAUUGUCAAUAAGUGUAUAUUCAGAAAAAUUGCUUCAGAUGAAGGCAGAGGCUCUAUAUUUGCUACAAAAGUAUGAUGCAGCAAUUCAGCUUUGUGAACAGAGUCAGCAUAGUGCAGAAAAGAAUUUUUCCUUGGAAAACUGUGCAGACAAUUCCAAUAUUCCCAUGUGUGAUAGUUACUCAAUUGUAAAAUUGUGGAGGUGGUCAUUGAUAUCCAAGUGCUACUUUCAUUUGGGAAAGCUUGAGGCAUCACUUAAUGUUCUUGAGAAAUUACAGCAAGUAGUGUCUGUUGAUGACAAAUGCAUGAUCGACAACAUUGAAGACUUGCUGUCAUUAGCUGCUACAAUACGAGAACUCCUAGACCACAAGAGUGCAGGAAAUGAAAACUUCAAAUUGGGAAAGUAUACAGAAGCAGUGGAGAAUUACACUGUUGCUUUAUCUACCAAUAUCAAAUCACGUCCUUUUGCGGCAAUAUGUUUCUGCAAUCGUGCUGCAGCGCAUCAAGCUUUGGGCCAAAUUGCUGAUGCUAUUGCAGACUGCAGUAUGGCUAUUGCCCUUGAUGGAAAUUAUGCAAAGGCAAUUUCAAGAAGAGCGACCUUACAUGAGAUGGUUAGAGAUUAUGAACAAGCAGCUUGUGACCUUAAGAGACUUGUAUCUGUUCUUGAAACUCAAUCCAAUGAAAAGGCCAAACAGUCUGACUCGCCAUGUGGAUCAAAUGGUGUGAAAGAAUCAAGGCAAGCUCAUCAACGUCUGCUUUUAGUGGAAGAUGAAGCCAAAAAGGGAACCCCCUUGAACUUUUACCUCAUUUUAGGAAUUAAACCAGCUGAUACUGCAACUGAUAUCAAGAAGGCGUACCACAAGGCAGCUCUCAGACAUCAUCCAGACAAGGCUGUUCAGUUGGCAAGAGGUGAAGUUGGAGAUGAAGGCCGAGUCUGGAAGGAAAUUUCACAGGAGGUGCACAAGGAUGCUGAUAGGCUUUUCAAAAUGAUUGGAGAGGCAUAUGCUGUGCUUUCAGACCCUGCUAAGCGCUCGGAGUAUGAUUUGGAAGAGGAGAUAAGUAAAGCUUAUAAGCAGAAUAGCAGGGGUGGCACGUGCAGGAGAUCUUCAGAUGUUUAUGGGUAUGGAAGACCAUCUGAUGGUUAUAAAUCUCCCUCUGACAGAACUUCUAACAGACGAUAUGGACGGGAUUAUCAAUGGAAGACAUAUGGACAUUCAUAUUCUCGAUGGUGAGAGGAUACUCAGACAAGGGCAUUGACGUUCUUAUUCCUGGUCGGAUUGAAAGUGACAUUCCUUCUGGUUCUUGAUGGUGUGAAAUAAAUGGCGUAAACCUGCUUUUGCAGGCCAUUACUCAAAUAAGAUUUAUUGCAAAUAUGAGCUAUAGUGGAUACCUUAAAGUAGUCAAGAACUAAAUGAUUGGGAAAGGAGGCAAGAACAGGCCCCACCAACAGUCAGAUACGUGUUUCACUAACUUAAGUCCUAACAAGGCGUUGAUGCUAUACCUUACUACCCUUCAUCCCAUGCUUGUUGCUGGACAAGAUUUUUUCAUAAAGGGAUGGGGAUGAUGAAUAUGCAGAAAGUCUGGCAGAUACAGACACAGGAGGCAAUGCAGUUGUGCUCGCAUAAUUUCUCGAAUGUCAUGGAUGCUGUUAAAGUUAUCAUCAUGUAUCAUUGCUUUAUCUGGAUUGGAUUGAGAAACUUAAUAGGAAGUGAUUCAGCCAAAAAGAAGAAGAGAGCCGGUAAUAAAUACAUAAAAUUCAUUUUUUUUUAAUAGACUAGAGCUACAUAUCCCUUCCCCUUGACAAAGUUGAAAACUAUUGCUUAACAUUUUUCUUUUCUUGGAUUCAGAACUGGCGAACACCUUAUCUAAAUAAUACUA